UCUCAACCCAAAAGAGAAAUUCCCUUGGUUCAUAUUCGAAGUUUCCUCAUUCAUCAUGCGUCUUUCAACUACAGCGAAGAAGCGCAAGGUCUUGGAAGGUCUCCAGGGCAAAACCGGCCGACCUAAGAAGUUCAGGAAACAGCGCGAAUACCACAGCAGCUCCGACGAGGCGGAAGAUGACGAGCCAACCGAUUUUAAAGCGGUCAGUUUGGCGGAUUCUGAGGAGGAGGUAGAAGUGAAGAAGCCGAAGAAACAGAUGAAGUCCGAAAUCUCUUCAAAUAAAAGAAUGGACAAAGAGAGCGACGAUGACGAAUCCGCCGACGACGACGAUAAGCAAGAUCGUGACUCCUCGAGUUCAGACGCAUCUUCUGGCGUAGAGGAGGAUGAGGAUGAUUACAACUCCGAUGUCUCUACGCCGACAUCAACAACGGACCAUAGAGCUGUCCCCAAACGUAACGAUCCUUCAGCCUUCUCCACCUCUAUCUCUAAAAUUUUAGCGACGAAACUACCCUCCUCUGUCCGUGCAGAUCCUGUUCUCUCACGCAGCAAAAUAGCUACCCAAGCCAGCACAGAUUUUGCGGAUGAGAAAUUGGACAAGCAAGCACGAGCUAAACUGCGCGCUGAUAAGCAGGAGGAGUUAGAUCGCGGCCGGAUUCGUGAUGUCCUAGGAAUCGAACGAGGCGAGGCUGGCGCUGUUGCAGAAGAAGAGAAGCGUCUUCGCAAGGUCGCUCAGCGUGGUGUGGUGAAACUGUUCAACGCCGUUCGUGCAGCUCAAGUGCGUGGAGAAGAAGCGGCCAAGGGCGAGAGAAAGAAGGGUACUAUCGGAAUCGGCGAACGAGAGAAGGCCGUCAAUGAGGUUAGCAAACAAGGAUUUCUGGAACUGAUCAGCGGGAAGAAGGGCAAGCCUUUGAAUAUCGAAGAAGCCUAAAUGAAGCUUUGUACAUGUUUAAGAACUAGGCAUCUUUAAGGCGUUGGGGGAUUUUUGUUCCUUAUGCUAUUUCUCUUUUUUCCCUUCUUUAGUCAAUUGCACGUUUGGAUUAAAAGUUAUUUCUAUUUACAUACUAUUGCAAAAUAGAAUGAAGAUGAGAAUACCCAAUAGUACAAUAUACAUUUACAUCCCACGGCAUCAUCCGAUAUUAUAUAAUCGUUCCGACUGCUGGUUCAUUGCGUUGCUUGAACACGUCUUACAUAUCUCCCAACUGAUGCCAUCACAUCACGAUACAGUGUCCUUGCCGGCUUUAUUUCUUUGGUUCAAAGUCACUUGCCUGCAAGUUCCUGGUCAUGGAGGGCAAACGGACAACUAGUCCGUCAAGUUCCUUGUUCAUGACGACCUGACAUCCCAACCUAGAUGUCUCGGUCAACCCGAAUGCCAAAUCCAACAUGUCGUUCUCGUCGUCGGAUGGUUCUUCCAUCUUGUCAAAAAGGUCGGGGUCCUCCACUAUGACAUGGCAUGUUGAACAGGCGCAUGAGCCGCCGCAAGCUCCU